GAGAGAGAGAGAGACUUCAAACAAAGCAAAGGGCAGCUGAGGACACGACUCUCUCUAUCUAUCUCUCACUGAAGUCUUAGCUCAAUCUCAUGGCAGCGACAGCCUCCUCCAUGGUGGCCACCGCCGUGUUUAUCCCACGUGUACCCUCCACUACCACUCGCUGCUCCGCCUUGCCUUGCCUCCCACCUCGUAUCUCUACCUCUUCACCAUCUUGCUUUGCCGUUAAAGCUUCCUCAGACUCCAGGAGGCGUUCCCUUCAGAUCAGAGCAUCAUCUUCGGAAGAGACAUCCACUUCUGCUGACACUAGUGAACUGAUAUCAGACUUGAAGGAGAAGUGGGAUGCAGUUGAAAACAAGUCGACAGUACUUCUGUAUGGAGGUGGAGCAAUUGUUGCUGUGUGGUUGUCUUCGACAGUUGUUGGUGCUGUCAAUUCAGUGCCACUGCUUCCAAAGGUCUUGGAGUUGGUAGGUCUAGGAUACACUGGGUGGUUCGUCUACCGAUACCUACUCUUCAAGUCGAGCAGAAAAGAACUAGCUACUGACAUUGAAUCCUUGAAGAAGAAGAUUGCUGGAACCGAAUAGAUCCCUAUUAUUGGUUGCAAACCUCAAGCAUAUUUAUGUUAGCCAUCAUUUUAUUGUGGUCCUAUAUCUCCACUGUAAGAGGCUUUUGUAUCCUGUAAUGUAAAAUAGGUGGUCUUUUUACGAUUGUUUGUUAGUCCUGUAAUUCCCAUACUUCAACUUUGAAAUAAAAAUUUGACAUUUCUAUGUCAA